AUGAAAGAGCCAGACGAAUUGCCUAAAUUUUAUGAUAGCAAUUCCGCCCUAAAACAAGCAAAGAGCGACUUUAGACAACUCCUUAAGCAUUACAACAUCAUGCAGGAGGGAGCACAAUCGACUGGGGAUACUGACAUCAGGUACCUUAAGGAACAGGCCAAGGCUAAAUAAAGAUUCGACUAAAAGAGAACUGAUGACGCUUAUGAAACAGAACCUUGCUAAGCUGGAGAAGGGGCACGCACGCGUUCGUCAAGCCAAGGCUCAAAAUAAGCGGAUUAAGGAGUGUUAUCUCCAGAUCGCUGAAACAUUUAAAAAUAGCUUUACUCCACUCCAAGAGUAUUCAGCAGUAAUCAACCAAGCUUUUACAAUGAAGAAUAAUAUCUCUCAGCUGAAUAAAUCUCUAAAGCAGUUUGUAAACCUUGGGGAGGAGGUCAGCAUGCUUGUAGCUGAUCUGGAUGACCCACAGAAAAUUAUCGAUGUUUACAAGAAACUUGUCAUCUUGAUCAACCUCCGGAGGUCUCUUAUUGCUAAAUUUAAGGAGUCUGACACCCUUGACGAAGGAGAUAAUCCCAUAAAACUUAAGAAGUUAGAGAAGGAGUUCACUGGCAUCAAAAUUUUGGAGGAGAAAUUCUUUGAGAAAAUGCAUGGAUUUAUGGAAAACCAUCAAUUUAUUAUCCAAAAGCAACCAGCUUACUUCAUUAAAAUCAUGAGAAUCAUUGAGUGAGAUAAUAAGAUCAGCCAAAUGAAAAUAACAAGUAAGCCAUUUCAGACUAUUCAAGAGGAAGUAGAAGGCAUUGAAGAGACUAAAGAGCCUACCUCUACUGGGGCUCAAGAGGAAAAUCACUCUUUUGGGUUGAAAGAAUCUUGAACAAAAGAAAUAAGUAAGACAGUUCAAAAACAAGCUAAGGAUGCUUACGAAAAAGCAUUUACUGUUGAAUCUAUCAUUGAUAUAUCAGAGAGAUUGAUAAAGAGUUUGAAUAAUGUCGAAAAGGAUCUAGGCCAUGUAUUCCCUCCUUCAUAUAACAUCUCACAUAUCUAUUUCUAUGCCUAUAAAGAGGUCAUCCUUGAGAAGAUCAAUCCAUACAUCUCAAAUAUGGAGAAGAUUAUAGAGAAUGGAGAUAAGUCCCUUCUGCUACUUCUUGUGGCCUUUGUAGAUACAAGUGAACAGAUCCUAACCAAGCUGGAUAUCAAAGAUGAAGCCUUGAUUAGCAUCAAGGCCCAACUAAGCAGAUUUAUCCCAACAUUCUUAGACCAUAUAGAACAUCUUCUUGAGGACCUUCUGUUAGGUAUCAGAAAGCAGUUUUAUUCGGAAUAUGAUAAGUUGAUCUCUGUCAGAGAGUCUAAUAUCGGAAUGGCGAGAAGGUCUGAGAUAGACAGACUUUGGACCAACAUGCCAGAUGAUAUAUUCACCUUCAUCCAGAAGCAAUUUGAUAUUGUAGCUGAAAGACUGAGCGGGAGUCAUUUAUUUGAAGUCCUAAAAUCCUCCCUCUCUAGAGUAGGAUGGCUAAUGAAUAAUCUUUCAGAGAAAGCAGAGAAGAUUAUCUUCGAUGUUGCAAUGAAUGGCCCAUCUAAAGAAAGCAAGGGGUUUGAAGGCUUUAUGAUAUACAUUAAUGAUUUCAAUGAGAUUAUCAACAUCUUUGAAGACUUCUUCCAAGAAUAUGUCAUUGCCAAAAUAUCAGAAUCUGAAAAAGAGGAAGAGAAGAGGGCAAUAGCUAAAGAGAGGGUACAGAACAUUUUGACAACCACUUAUCGUGACAUUUUAAAAGCAAGGAAUGAUAUGACUGCUAAACUUCCCAGAUAUGUUCUGAUCCAUGACCUUGAGAGGGAAGAUUUUAUUUAUCUUUUUACUAAAAGAUGGGAAAACAAUAAAGGUGAAGAUACUAUUAGUAAUGUCCUUGCUACUAUAAUGGAGUACAUUACUGAGAUAGAUGCUUGCUUCAAGGAAGGAGGCAACAAGAACUUGCUCAAAACAGUUACAGGGCAGUUUCUAAGCAAGAUUAUUAGUGAAGCUUACUUCUUAAAGUUGUUGAUAUCAAUUAAUAAGAGAAAUAAUCUAAAAAUUCAGCUCCCAGAUGAUGAAUAUAUUGCUUCAUUACUUCCAUUCACAUUUGCAGAAAGUCAGUUAAAGCCAAAAUCAUCGAACAGGAUAAUUAAGGAUGGAAAUGAUUAUUUCCACAGUGUUACUAUGCUUAUCGAAGGAAUUCAGCAGGAUAAAGAUACAUUCCAAUCUUUCAGAGAAAGGAACACUAGCUCAGUGGGUAGUAGUGUCUAUAGUACUAUUCUCACACAAUUCUCGUCAGUAGUUCUCAUUCUUUCUAUGAUUUACAACAGUACUACAGAUAUUGAGGAGAUUAUGCAUCUACUUCCUGACUACAUUCAAAGCUUUAAAAAGAUUCCUUACAGCAAGGAAUUGCUCAUAGCUAUGAUUAAUAUUGACCCGUCCAAAAUCAGCAGUAAGGUCAUUGCCAAGCAAUUUGAAGAGAUCCUGAACAAGUUUGAUACCCUCAAUGGGGCUAAUUAG